GAACGGUUCUCGAACUGCAUGCACUGCACACAUCAUGGACUUUCUAGAGAGAGAAAACCGAAACCCCCCUCUCUCUCUUCACUCUCUUGCUAUUAUUUUUCUCUCACUGCGAAAUCAGUCUCAAAAUAAGGACCCUGAUCUCAUUUUCUUCACUUGUUCCUCUCUUUCUACACAACAGUAUAGAGAGAGAAACACACAAACAUGAAAACAUAGUGAACAGAAUCCUCGUGUGGGCUCGCACCUUUUCCUCUGAACUUUUUUGUGUUAUUGCUGUGUGCCUUCUCUCUCUCUCUCUAUGCUUCAAAAUUUUCAUUCUAUUUCCUAUUUCUCUCUUCUUUAAAACGUUGCUGUUUUCUUCUCAUUCUUGUAACUCAGCCCCACCGUGUGUAUAUGUGUGCUCUCUUCUCUCUCUCUUCUCUCUCUCUCUCUCUCUCUCUCUUUCUCUCUCCAAGUCCGUCUCUCUUCUGUGAUUAAGUUUCAGUCAUGGGUGGGUAGCAUGCAACAAUAGUGCGUUAGUAAACUGUUUGCAUUCCAUUUUCUUCUAUGCUUCUGGUUCUGGCAUUGCGUUAGUUCCUAGGGGAGAGAGGAACCCGUUUUGUGAACCCUUUUGUUUUGUCUUUGUUUUUUGUUUUUCUCACCACCAUGAGUUCUUCACAGCACUUGAACAAUGUUGGUGAAGAUAGCAGCAGUAGAGACAUGAGUUUCUUCCCUCCUUCUUCUCUUUAUGUGGGUUCCUCACAAACACAGACUCCUCCUUUGUCUCUGAGUCAUGGAAAUGGGGUAGAGGGUUCAAAUUCAAACCCUGAGAUGGGUCUUCUGAUUUUUGCGUCCACAGUGUUUCAGCAGCCCCAGGAGUGCAGGGGAACAAAGAGAGCCAUUGAUGAAGAAGAAGAAGAAGAAGAAGAAGACGAGGAAGAAGAAGAAGGGGUUGAUGAGAUAGAGAACAACAAGAACUUGUGUUUGAAACUUGGUGGUGAUGAAGCACAAGCUGCUAAGAGCUCUGCUUCAGGGAAAACCAAGCUUUGUGCAAGAGGUCACUGGAGGCCAGCUGAAGAUGAAAAACUCAAGGAGCUUGUUGCUCAAUAUGGUCCUCAAAAUUGGAACUUGAUUGCUGAGAAUUUAGAAGGAAGAUCAGGAAAAAGUUGUAGAUUGAGGUGGUUUAACCAGCUAGAUCCCAGGAUAAACAGAAGGUCCUUUUCUGAGGAGGAAGAGGAGAGGCUUUUGACUGCACACAGAAUGUAUGGUAACAAAUGGGCCAUGAUUGCUAGGCUCUUCCCUGGAAGGACUGAUAAUGCAGUGAAGAACCAUUGGCAUGUGAUCAUGGCUAGGAGGCAGAGGGAGCACUCUAGUCGUGUGUACAGAAGGAGGAAACUGGUUGUUAAUGAAACCGUUCUUCCAAAGGGUUUGAAUCUGACUCUGUCUAAUAACAAUGCAGGGAGUGAGUCAACCAUCUCAAGCACCAUUGACGAAUCUGCCUCAACUUGUACUAACCUCUCCCUCACACCACCCUCUUCAGCCAAAGUAACUCCUCCUUUUGGAAGACUCUUUGACCAUCAUGGUCCAUCUCAGAAUCAUCACCAAGCCUUUGGAUCAUUAAUUGGACAAGCUAUAGGGGAUGUGAGUUUUAACAAGAAGUUUUGUGGUGCUUCUUGGAACGGGGUAGCAUAUAAAAAGGCUGAACAAGUGGGAAAGCUUAAGGGUGUGGACCAGUCUAAUUUUUCAGAUGCAAAUUCAGAAGUAUCAGUAUCUGAGUCAGUUGCCACCAAUAGGUCCAAUGUCUCAAUUUCUGAAGAGAGUGAAACUGUGGGUGAUAAGAUUAACAUGCCAUUCAUUGAUUUUCUUGGAGUAGGAGCUACCUAGCAAAAUUUGCUGAUCAAAUCUUCAACGAAAGAAACAACAACAACAACAAAUAGUUGAGGAGUUAGGAAAGUGAGUGAGUGAGGGGUGCACCGUUGUUGUGUUGGGUGGAAAUGGGUAUGCUGUAGUGCAUUCCCUUGUGUACAGUUGGUUCCAUAAAAGGCAAAAAAGUAAAAGGUAAAAUAAAAAUAGAGGGAGAAAAAAAGAAAAAAAAUUAGGAAAGAGAGAGAGAUAAGUUUAGAGUCUAGUCUAGAGCGGUGGAGAAGGGGGUCUGUUAUGAACUUAUGAGAUUCAAAAAAAAAAGUAUAGUAUUUAUUUUCAAACUCUUUUGGUUUUGGACUGUUCCUGCAACAGCAGAAGCAGAGCCCUUGUAGUUUUUAUCUUGUGGUGAUACUUUUGGCACUUUGUUAAAUCAGAAGCCAAAGUUUCAUGACUUGGAUUCCUCUUUCUAUCAAUUUAACCAAACCUCUUUUGAAUGAA